AUGGACAAGAAUUCAAAAACUAGCAGCUAUAUUGUCGUCCUUGGUGCACACGAAAGAAAUCCUGACCAUGGUUCACGUAAAGAAUUCGGUGUAACUCAGGUCAUCACACAUCAAGAUUUUUCAAGCAAAACAUUGGACAAUGAUAUUGCCCUAAUGCAGCUUGACAAACCAGUUCAAUACGACGAAUACAUCAGCCCUGUAUGUCUUUCUCGGGAAAAUGUCCCCGCAGGCACCGAAUGCGUUGUUACUGGCUGGGGUGAUACCGAAAGAGUCAACAGUCUAGUCGGUGUCAUUUUUCCAUCAACUGAGGCUGUAGCUGGUGAUGAUGCCAGAUUGGAGUGUGCAUUUAUGUUAGAAACUAGGCCCUACAUAGCUUCUUUUCUGAUACAAAGUGAUGUAGAUGGAAAUCAAGGUGAUACACUUGUGGAUUCAAGCUCAACAUCUGCUCCUGGGAGUAAAUACAGAGUUGAAGAGGACUUGACUAAUAAUCGAGUCUUUUUUGUGAUAACAAAUACAACAAGAAGUGAUGAAGGAUAUUACCUCUGUCGCAUUCAAGGUAGUGGACUUGGUAUUAUGAGAAAUAUUCCUGCCAAACUAACAGUCCAGUUUAUCGACACAGUUACGAUUGACGUUAUUCCCAAUCCUGUCACUGAAGGUAAUAAUGUAACAUUUAAUUGUUCUGUAAAUGCGAAUCCAAUUCCAACAAUCACUCUCUUGAAAGAUGAUACUGAAGUAAAAAGCGAAACAUCAUCAAAUCUAACUUACAAAUUAUAUAGUGUGGAUAAGAGAAAUGGAGGAAACUACAAAUGUAAAGCAAGUAACAUGGCUGGAACUAGUACAUCACCAAUUAAAGUGUUGGAUGUUCAGUAUUCACCGGAUAUUACUUUACCUGAUAACAUGACUGUUGCUCCUGGUGGGAAUGCUUUUAUUGAACCAAAUGUUUUAGCUAAUCCUGAUGACAUCACCUACCAAUGGAUCACUGAUCCUCCUGGAAUUGAUAAUGUCGAUUCAAACCCAGCAACUUUCACAUUCAAGGUACCAAACGUUGUCGACACAAACUAUACCAUAACGGUGACUGCUACUAAUAGCAUUGGAUCAACAACAGAGUCAGUAAUGGUCAUUGUUGCAGGUGUUGACUAUUGCAUUUCCAGUCCAUGUGAAAAUGAAGGGAAUUGUAUACCUCCUUAUUCUGAGUUUACAUGUGAAUGUAAACCAGGCUACAGUGGGAGAUAUUGUGAAAAUGUGUAUUCCGGUGCAGCCUGUUCUAGUAGCACAAGUUUGACAAUUGGUAUGUUCUUUGUGGGCAUCAUUGUUGGCGCCUUCGGAGUAAUUGGUGGAUUGAUCGGCUACACUAGGAUUAAACAGAAAGCACAAAUAGACAAGAGAAGUACGGAUAAGAAAAAGCAAGAUACGUACAUGGAUUACAUGGCAGAUAGGUCAAUUGCUGGCAAUGAGAACCAGACUUCCCAAGAUCUACAACAUAGAGACGAAGAAACAGUUUAUGUUAAUGUGAAGCCGGGAAAGAGAUAAGAAAGUAAAGAGAGCAGUAGCUGGUUUGAGUGAAUGCUUGUUACUUGUACAAUGAUCAUGAUAAUCCAUCGAAUUUAAUCAAUGAUGAUCUUACAACCACGAACCUCUCUAAGAAUUGUUUAGCUCUGUCCAGGUUAUCAAUUUUAAAAAAAAUGAAGUAUGUCCAUAUUAUAGUCAUGAUGUGCCUAUAUGGUCAUGAUGUGAUGUCAUCAGACCAUAUUUAGGCAUGUCACAUAUUAUUUUAAAAAUAGACUUUGUUAGUCUGGACAGGGCUGAAGUCCACGUAUCACGUCCAAUAUCAUACGUAACUCAUUGGAUUCAUAUAUUUAAAAAGUUGGUAGAUGGCACCAUGAGUGUCGAUAGCAUGUCUAUAUUAUUUCAACAAUACAGUAUUAAACACUAUGCUUAGAAAAGAUAGCAUACGAUAAAGUUGACAAAGCACAGGUAAAGUUAGAAAGACUAAAGCGAUUUAAUAUACUUUUUAACAACAAUCUUUCGUUUAUGAUUUUAACUUUGUGUCACUAGACAAACGUUUGAAUGUAAUGAAUCUCAUAUAUCGAACUUCGACAUUUAUAUAACAGUAACUAAAUACAGUAGAUCAUAUUGAGGAUAACCCCACUCCCUAAAAAAUAUAGGGGCCUACACAGUUGAAAAUCUACA